UGGCGGAGGCUGCCCUGCCCCCAUAGGCGGAGAGGAAGCGGCGAGGAAGGAUGCGCUUGGUGCGGGAGCGGCGGUGACUGCGGGGCCGGGGGCAGCGAGGGGGCUUCGUGCAGGGACAGCGGAGAGCAUCGGUCGGGCAGAGGAGCGAGGGCCAGCGGCACCGGGAUACAGCCCCUCACCCCCGCCAGGGAGGGACACAGGCCUCCCCCACCCCGAUACAGCCCCAGCCGCAACUCGGGGGGCCAGGCCUCUCCCGCCAGGUUACAGACCCCUCAGCCAGAGAGGGAUACAGGCCUCCCCUCCAUACAGCCCCCACCGCCACUGAGGGGAACAGCCCCUCCCCCCUCCAGGGAGGGACACGGGCCUUUCCCUGCACCUUUCUCGGAUACAGCCCCCGCCAGGAAGGGACACAGGCUCCCCCUCUCCCGAUACAGACCCCAUCCUCCCCUGGGGGGAACAGGCCUCCUCUACGCCUCCCUCGAUACAGACCUUCCCGCCACUGAGGGGAACAGGCCUCUCCCUUCAGGGUACAGAUCUCUCAUCCAGGGAGGGACACUGGCCGUUCCCCCCAAGAGGAGGAAAACACUUCCACCUUCUUAUUGCAACCCCCCUUUCUUGACAGGGUCCUUCAACCACAAAAAGCUCUAUAGGACCCCUAUUCCCUCUCCCCACACACACAACUCCAGUGAGGGCACAGGUCUCCUUACGUCACUGACUGCCCCCCCCCCCCGAAAAAAAAAACACCUCAGGGAGAGUCUCGGGACAUAGGACUUCCCCGGGCACCACUAAGAAUAGGCAGGUCCCAACGCCAAGACAGGGGCAUUGGCCUCUGACUUGUUCUCUUCUCUCCCCCUCCCCCAAAAAAGGACCAGGCUUUUAGGUGUCUCCCUGUUCUAAUUUAAUAAUUGCUGUGCACCUGGGGAGGAGUGAACUUUUAAUGACUCUGUAACUGGCUUUCUAGGGCUAAUGGGUUGCUGAGGCUGUAUGUGGGACAGGAGAGGAAGUGUGAGUUGUAGUAGUAUUUUUAGGGAGUACUAGGGGGUAGGUUAUUUUUAGUUGAAUGGAUGGGAAAGGCCUGAUAAAACUGCCUCUGACCAUGACAUGAACUGAGUGAGACAGCCGUACGUAAGAACCAAAUCACCUGAAACGCCUCCAAAGUCACCAUGGCAUCAGAAGAGGCCUCCCUGCGCGCUUUGGAGAGUCUAAUGACAGAGUUUUUCCACAAUUGCACAACAAAUGAACGGAAACGUGAGAUAGAGGAGCUUCUGAAUAACUUUGCCCAGCAGAUAGGCGCCUGGAGAUUCUGCCUCUAUUUCCUGUCAAGCACAAGAAACGACUACGUAAUGAUGUACAGUUUGACAGUGUUUGAGAACUUGAUCAAUAAGAUGUGGCUUGGGGUCCCAUCUCAAGAUAAAAUGGAUAUCCGCAGCUGCCUGCCCAAACUCCUACUAGCUCACCAUAAAACGCUGCCUUAUUUUAUCAGGAACAAGCUCUGCAAAGUCAUUGUGGACAUUGGCCGACAAGACUGGCCUAUGUUCUACCAUGACUUCUUCACAAACAUCUUACAGUUGAUUCAGUCCCCUGUGACCACUCCUCUUGGUCUGAUCAUGCUGAAGACUACAUCGGAAGAGUUGGCGUGCCCCAGGGAGGAUCUUAGCGUGGCACGGAAAGAAGAGUUACGCAAACUGCUCCUGGAUCAGGUACAAACGGUACUUGGGCUUCUCACAGGUAUUUUAGAGAGCAUCUGGGACAAACAUAGUGUUACUGCUGCCACUCCACCACCAUCCCCAUCUUCAGGAGAAAAUGGUGGUGAUCUGUUAAGUAGCCUGUUGCAGAGUCCCAGUGCAGCCAAAUUAUUGAAUCAACCGAUCCCUAUCCUUGAUUCAGAGAGUGAAUAUAUUUGUUCCCUGGCAUUGGAGUGCCUGGCCCACCUCUUCAGCUGGAUCCCUCUGUCUACCAGCAUCACUCCUUCACUCCUCACCACCAUAUUCCACUUUGCCCGCUUUGGCUGUGACACACGAGCCAGGAAGAUGUCCUCUGUCAAUGGCAGCAGCCAGAAUUCUGUCUUGGGUCAGGAGCGUGGUAGGCUUGGGAUCCUGGCUAUGUCUUGCAUAAAUGAACUUAUGUCAAAGAACUGCGUGCCUAUGGAGUUUGAGGAGUAUUUGCUGCGGAUGUUCCAGCAGACAUUCUAUCUCCUGCAGAAGAUUACCAAGGAGAACAAUGCCCACACGGUGAAGAGCCGGCUAGAGGAACUAGAUGAAAGCUACAUUGAGAAGUUUACAGAUUUUCUGCUCUACUUUGUGAGCGUCCACCCUAGAAGGAUUGAAUCAUACUCUCAGUUCCCAGUGGACAUUUGGACCACUCUUCUUGCUAUCUUACAUAAAAUUAUAAAGUCCGUCUACAGACAAAGAAGCAGUACUCACAGGUACGAAGACGCCUUGGUUCUGCUGCUGACAGAGGUUUUGAAUCGAAUACAAUUCAGGUACAACCAGGCACAGUUGGAGGAGCUGGAUGACGAGACUCUAGAUGACGAUCAGCAGACUGAAUGGCAGCGGUACUUACGCCAGAGCCUAGAAGUAGUGGCAAAAGUCAUGGAGCUCCUGCCGACUCAUGCCUUCUCUACACUAUUCCCAGUUCUGCAGGAUAACUUGGAAGUAUACCUGGGACUACAACAGUUUGUGGUCACUUCAGGGACAGGUCAUAGGCUGAAUAUCACUGCAGAGAAUGACUGCCGACGCUUGCACUGCUCCCUACGAGACCUUAGCUCCCUGCUGCAGGCUGUUGGCCGUUUAGCCGAAUACUUUAUUGGGGAUGUUUUUGCUGCCCGGUUCAACGAUGCCCUUACAGUAGUGGAGAGGCUGGUCAAGGUAACACUGUAUGGGUCCCAGAUUAAACUGUACAACAUUGAAACUGCUGUGCCGUCUGUUUUGAAACCUGACCUUACUGAUGUCCACGCUCAGUCACUGGCAGCAUUGCAAGCUUACUCUCAUUGGCUAGCCCAGUUCUACAGUGAAGUUCAUCGGCAGAAUCCAGAGCAGUUCAUCUCUCUAGUCUCCACCGCCCUGGAAGCAAUUACUCCACUCAUCAGCUCCAAGGUGCAAGAGAAGUUGCUGUUGUCUGCGUGCCACUUGCUGGUCUCGUUAGCUACCACAGUGCGGCCAGUGUUCUUGAUUAGAAUCCCAGCAGUACAGAAAGUUUUCAACAGGAUCACAGAUACUUCCGCUCAGCGGCUUCCUGAUAAGGCCCAGGUACUGGUGUGCAGAGCGCUCUCAAAUGUGUUGUUGCUGCCAUGGCCAAAUCUCCCAGAGAGUGAACAGCAGUGGGCAGUUCGCUCAACCAACCAUGCCAGUCUGAUCUCUGCCCUCACAAGGGAAUACCGCCAUCUGAAAUCCAGUGCCAUCCUGCCACAGAGGAAAGUGCGGCUGGAGGACACCAAAGUGAUCAUUCACCAGACACUUAGUGUCUUAGAAGACAUUGUGGAGAGUAUCUCUGGAGAGUCUACCAAGUCUCGGCAGAUCUGUUAUCAGUCACUGCAGGAAUCCGUGCAGGUCUCACUAGCCCUCUUCCCAGCUUUCAUUCAUCAGUCAGAUGUGACAGAUGAGAUGCUGAGCUUCUUCCUCACUCUCUUCCAAGGACUGAGGGUACAGAUGGGAGUACCUUUCACUGAGCAGAUCAUACAGACCUUCCUAAACAUGUUCACCAGAGAGCAGUUAGCAGAGAGCAUCCUCCAUGAGGGCAGCACUGGCUGUCAUGUGGUUGAGAAGUUUCUGAAGAUUCUGCAAGUGGUGGUACAAGAGCCAGGCCAAGUGUUCAAGCCUUUCUUACCCAGCAUCAUCUCGCUGUGCAUGGAACAGGUCUACCCCAUCAUUGCAGAGCGCUCAUCUCCUGAUGUGAAAGCAGAGUUAUUUGAGUUGCUUUUCCGGGUCCUCCAUCACAAUUGGCGGUACUUCUUCAAGUCUACCGUUCUGGCAAGUGUCCAGAGAGGGAUAGCAGAGGAACAGAUGGAGAAUGAAGCACAGUUCAGUGCCAUUAUGCAGGCAUUUGGCCAGUCCUUCCUGCAGCCUGACAUACACCUAUUUAAACAGAAUCUCUUCUACCUGGAGACACUGAAUACCAAGCAGAAGCUGUACCACAAGAAGAUCUUCCGGACAACCAUGCUGUUUCAGUUUGUGAAUGUGCUGCUUCAGGUGUUGGUCCACAAAUCACACGACCUAUUGCAGGAAGAGAUUGGCAUUGCAAUCUACAACAUGGCCUCAGUGGACUUUGAUAGUUUCUACUCAGCCUUUCUUACGGAGUUUUUAGCCAGUUGUGACGGCGUCGACUCCAAUCAGAAAAAUGUACUAGGAAGGAACUUCAAAAUGGACAGGGACCUGCCAUCUUUUACCCAGAACGUUCACAGACUGGUGAAUGACCUGCGCUACUAUAGGCUCUGCAAUGACAGUUUGCCCCCUGGAACUGUGAAGCUAUAGUUUCUGCACUGGACUCAUGUUUUGAUCACUGUAAAGAAUGGAUUUGUACUUCUUUUGUCACCACUUCCUCUCCUCCCUGCUCUCGUCAGUACUGGAGGAUGAUGCAGUGUCUUGCGCAUGGGCACAUGUUCUUGGAUUCACGCACCACCACGCUUCCUUACCCAACUCAGAAACCUCCCCAUUGAGUCAGCAGUACUGCCUGCAAGAAUGCGUCUUAACGCCAACCAUAGGGCAUUCCCACCGUAUGAAAAGUCAUCUUGCUGGAUUCUUGUUUUACUAAUGUAGCACUUUGUUGCGUCCGGAGAUUUCAGUGAGUCGUCCUGACAAAUCUUGUGUGUGUCAAUCAUGAGGCAGAAACGCCAAAGACUACUUCAGACAUUCGCACCUUCGCAUCAUUCCACCUUCCCGCCCCUGCCCUGCUGUUGGAGGAGAAUUGUGAUGUCGGGACUGGUUCGGCACUUGUGUCACUCCCUUUCGUUUUAAAUUGCCUUGAAGCCUCCCUGCUAUUUUCAGGGAUUUAGAAACUUGUGGGUUUUUUUUAAUGUUUUCUCAUCAUUCCAUUGUGAUACUAAAACAACAUGCUUAAUGGAAAUAAAGUGCUUACUUUGUUGUUUUAAA